AUGGAAUCAGCAUUUAGUGCUUCACCUAAUUUCCAAUUACCUCCUGGUUUCAGAUUCCAUCCAUCUGACGAAGAACUCAUUGUUCACUACCUAAAAAGAAAAGUCACCUCACGGCCACUUCCAGCACACUUGAUCACUGAAAUCGAUCUCUAUAAGUAUAAUCCAUGGGAACUACCAAAGAUGGCUUUGUUUGGGGAGGAUGAAUGGUACUUCUUCAGCCCGAGGGAAAGGAAGUAUCCGAAUGGGGAGAGGCCUAAUAGAGCAGCAGCUUCUGGUUAUUGGAAGGCUGCUGGAAGUGACAAGCCAAUUAUCACCUCUUGUGGAAUAUCGAAGCGCAUAGGAGUAAAGAAGGCUCUGGUCUUCUACACUGGUCGAGCUCCAACAGGAGCUAAAACUGAAUGGAUCAUGAUCGAAUACAGACUUCUCGACAAUUCAAUUAAACCCUCAAGAUCAAAAGGGUCUAUGAAAUUGGAUGAUUGGGUACUAUGUCGGGUUCAACAGAAAGGAAACACAUCAAAGAAUAAAUGUAACAGCCAAGGCUCUAGCCCUGAAAAUUGGAGUUGCCCACAGAAAGUUGAGCAGACAAAUCAUGCAUAUGCCAACCCUAACACUGAGAUAAUCAAUGAUUUCCUUUACAAAGACUGUACACUAUUAGCUUCCAUCCUUGCCGGUCAAGCUCCACCUAUUCCAGGUGUGAGCUUCGAACGGACAAACGACGGCUAUGAAGUUGGUCCUAACUGUAAGGUAAACUCCACGAUAUCCAUUUCUCCGCGGGGCCUUAUUUCUGACACACUUGAAAGAAAAAGUCGAGAAGAAAUUACAGAAGAAAAUCCCUUUCGGCUCGAUAACUAUUUAGCCAGCAAGAAGAAUGAUGAGGAUCUUCUUCCCCACAAGAGAAUGGAAGAAAAAUAUAUCAACUGCUACAAUCACAACAACUUUCAAAAUGAUAUACUCAAAGCUGAUCCAAUAGAUACCACUGACUAUGAAGAACUCAAUGAAAUUACCAUCCUUAAUUGGUAG